AUGUCUGCUGAAAACAGCCAGGCACCAGUGGGUCCAUCGCCUCUUCACUCCCCCACCACCUCCCAGCAAUCCACCCAGACCUUCUCCUCAGAGGAAGAGGAUGCUGAGGGAGAGAAGGAGAGUCCGAAGGAGGAACCUUCAUUUUCUAAAGAAGACGAGUUUCUGGGGGAGAACGGGUACCUGGAAAACUAUGCGGAGGAAGAUGAGUAUCUGCAGGAGGCACAGUUUCUCACAGCAGAGGGCUAUCUGUACGCACGCGACUAUCUGUAUAAAAACCAGUAUCUGAAGUGGAGAGAGUACUUGCAGAAGGAAGUGGGUUCGAAUGAGCAAGAUUAUUGGUAUGAAAACGAUUAUCCGGAGAGCAGAGAGAACUUGCCGAAGGAAGUAGCUUCGAAUGGGCAAGAUUAUUGGUAUGAAAACGAUUAUCCGGAGAGCACAGAGAACCUGCAGGAGGAAGUAGCUUCGAAAGAGCAAGACUAUUUGUAUGAAAACGACUAUCCGCAAAGGGAAUUGACAGCCGUAAAGCCUGGCUCUGGAGAGGGCUUGCUGGACAGCAUAGUGAACGAGCCCGCCGACGCGCUGGACAGCUUAGUGAACGAGCCUGCCGACAUGCUGGAGGUCGACGACAUCAGUGACAGCUUUUUGAAGAGCUUCUCCUAUCAGGCAGUGUUCAAAACCAUGAUCAAAGAACUGACUGCUCGCAAUGAACAGGAGGAGGAUAUCGACAUUCCCCUGAGCAGCCCCCUGGAGGGUGAGACCAGGAGGAAACUGGGGAUCCUGUUGAAGAAAAAUUUUGAAAAGUUCAAGGAAAUUAUCCUGUGGAUUAUGAAGAAACGUGAAAGCCAGCGAGUUGUAGACAUGCCUACUAUCACAUAUCACUUUGGGAGUCAAUCCUCAGACGUCGAGGAGCCCGAGAAGCAAGAAGUCAAAAAACCUCGUCACGUUGUUCGUCGUAAGAAGAAAUUAGAAAUAGAUACGGAAUGGAUCAAGGACAAGAUUGAGGUGCAUCAAGGCGACGCAAAACUAGAUCUCUACCCCAACAAGAACAUCUUCCAAAUUCUCUUUCCUGACGGAUCGGGCCAGAUAUACUACCCAUCCAGGAACCUGGCUCUGCUCAUCCUCAGCUCGGCAGAGAGCAAGUUCACGUACAUCAUUCUGGAAGACAGCAAAGAAAUGCAAAUACAGGCCCUCGUCAACAACAGCGGCCACGCCACCUUCCAUGACGAAAACAGAGAAAUCUGGUUGAGCCUGAGCCCAAACCUGGGCUACUACUUUGCCAAAGACCAAGCCCAGAAGGCCUGGAACUGGUGGAAUCUGAGCGACCACGUCCACGCGCCCCCCAUCCGGCCCAUCUCCCUCAGGAUCAACCAGUACAUCGAGGUGCAAAUCAGGACCCAGGACAAGAUCACCUUCUGCUUCACCCACCAAAAGCAGCACAUCUGCUUAAACCUGGGCACCAAGUAUAAGUUCGUGACCCCAGACAUGCUGAGCGAGAUGAAGAGCCAGGUGGCCCUGGAGGUGGACGCUGGCCCAUGGGUGCGGAAGAUCCGCGUCCUCCUGGGAAAGAUGAGCAGAGUCGUGAACUUCCUGACCAUCUCGGAGUUGGAAAACUUCCUGGAGGCCAGCGGCAUCCUCCUGAUAGACAACCCAAGCCUUAGCGAGAAGUUCAGGUCCCGGGUCGAGGCGGCCACCACCCUGGUCCCCGGCUCCUUCAGCUCCUACUGA